AUGUAUAGCAUAUAUUUUCAAAUUAUAUCUACUUGUUCGUCGCUUGAGAUAAGUUUCCAUUUCUCAUACACUCACUGGCUCCCGUUAUUGCCACCUGAUGAUGACACAGCCUUCUUUCAGAACAGCUCGUUGUUAUUUGAUGAGAAUUACUCUGUUUUCACGUCUUCUCGCUUUUCUUUUUUUUUUUUUCUUCUUCUUAUACAUGUUCUUUCUAUCCCUCUCGCUUUUCCUUUUUCUACCCGCUUCUUCUUCUUCUUCUUCUUCUUCUUCUUCUUCUUCUUCUUCUUCUUUCCAUCUCGUUUUUCUUUUCUUCUUUAUUUCUUUCUUCUUUUUCUUCUUCUUGUUCAUAUUCUUUCUAGCCUUUUUUUUUUCGUUUCUUCUUCUUCAUCAUCAUCAUUUCUUCUUUUUCUUCUUCUUCUUUCUAUCGUCUUCUCGCUUUUCUUUUCUCCUUUUCUUCUCGCUUCUUCUUCUUCUUCUUCUUCUACAUAUUCUUUCUAUCCUUCUUGCUUUUCUUUUAAGUUUUCUUCUCGAUUCUUCUUCUUUCUAUCGUCUUAUCACGUUUCUUCUUUUCUUCUCACUUCUUCUUCUUCUUUUACUACUACUUGUUCUUUCUAUCGUAUUCUUCUUAAUUUUUCUUCCUUUAUUCGCGCUUCUUCUUCUUCUUCUUCUUCUUCUUUCUAUCGUAUUCUCGCUUUUCUUUCUCCCCACUUCUAUCAACCUUUUCUUCUUCAUUUCUUUUUCUUUUCCAACUCACUCCACUCUCUCUCUCUCUCUUCUUCCACUACUUUCGCUGUUUCUUCUUCUUUUCUCUCUUCUUUUCAGAUAAGUCCGUGCGAUACUAGUAAGAGACUAAUUACUGAUAAUUCGCUUUUUACGUUCUUUCUAUCUAUCUAUCUAUCUAUCUAUCUAUCUAUCUAUCUAGUACAAUCUCCUAUUCACAUCUAUCUAUCUAUCUAUCUAUCUAUCUAUCUAUCUAUCUAUCUAUCUAUCUAUCUAUCUGUCCUUUGUUUAUUAUCUAUCGUAAUCCGUUUAUCAAUCUGUCACAAUCUUUGUCUGUUUAUAAUCUAUCUAUCUAUCUAUCUAUCUAUCUAUCUAUCUAUCUAUCUAUCUAUCUAUCUACCUAUUCACAUCUAUCUAUCUAUCUAUCUAUCUAUCUAUCUAUCUAUCUAUCUAUCUAUCUAUCUGUCCUUUGUUUAUUAUCUAUCCCCAUUCCAUCUAUCUAUCUAUCUAUCUAUCUAUCUAUCUAUCUAUCUAUCUAGUACAAUCUAUCUAUCUAUAUAUCCCAGCCCAUUCUAUCUAUCUAUCUAUCCAUCUAUCUAUCUAUCUAUCUAUCUAUCUAUCUAUCAUCAUCUGUUCUUUUGUUUAUUAUCUAUAAAUCAAUCUGUCACAAUCUUUGUCUGUUCUAUCUAUUCAUUCAUCUAUCUAUCUAUCUAUCUAUCUAUCUAUCUAUCUAUCUAUCUAUCUAUCUAUUACAGUCUGUUUAUUAUCUAUCAGAAUGUGUCAUCUCAGCCCAUUCACAUAUUAUCUAUCUAUCUAUCUAUCUAUCUAUCUCUCUCUCUUUGUUUAUUAUCUAUCUAUCUAUCAUUCAUAUCUAUCUAUCUAUCAUCUCCUAUUCAUCUAUAUCUAUCUAUAUAUCUGUUUAUUAUCUAUCAGAAUGUGUUCUUUGUUUUCAUAUCUAUCUAUCUAUCUAUCUAUCUAUCUAUCUAUCUCAGCCUGUUCUAUCUAUCUAUAUAUCUAUCUCAGCCUGUUCAUAUCUAUCUAUCUAUCUAUCUAUCUAUCUAUCUAUUCAUAUCUAUCUAUCUAGCCUGUUCAUAUCUAUCUAUCUAUCUAUCUAUCUAUCUAUCUAUCUAUCUAUCUAUCUAUCUAUCUGUGCGUAUGUCUGUGUGUUAUUGA